UUAUCGCCUAUUUAAUCCAUCUAACAAUAUACCGAUCCCGGACUUUUUCCCUCUCUCUAUAUAUAAGACUUCAACAUCCAAAUUUCGUUCUUUUUUAAAUUUGAUUCUGAAGAAUCUGUGAAGGUUGUUGUUCUUUUUUGUUCUCGUGCUAUCUUUCGAAAAGUUUGAAGAAGUUUCUUUCGUUUGCUGGGCGCAAUGGCACGUACGAAGCAAACUGCUCGUAAAUCAACUGGUGGAAAGGCACCGAGGAAGCAGCUUGCCACAAAGGCCGCUAGGAAAUCUGCUCCUACAACUGGUGGUGUCAAGAAACCUCAUCGUUACCGACCUGGAACUGUAGCUCUUCGUGAAAUACGCAAGUAUCAGAAGAGUACUGAGCUAUUGAUCCGCAAGUUGCCCUUCCAACGUCUUGUUCGUGAAAUUGCACAAGAUUUCAAGACGGAUUUGAGGUUCCAGAGUCACGCAGUUCUUGCACUUCAGGAGGCUGCGGAGGCUUAUCUGGUGGGUCUGUUUGAGGACACCAAUCUCUGCGCCAUCCAUGCUAAGAGGGUUACAAUUAUGCCCAAGGACAUUCAACUAGCUAGGCGGAUCCGUGGUGAACGUGCUUAAUUUGGUUUGCCUUUUGGCCCCUUAGCUGGAAGAAGUUACAAAUUUGAGAAACUAUGGAAAACCCAAAUCCUCUAAUUCCAUUCAUGUUGGUAGUGUUUUCAUGUAAUGUUAAUUUUAGUAUUGUUUGUUUUUGUUGAUGAAGAGUAGUUUCAAACUUUAUGUAGACAGGAUUGAAUAUUUACUGUUGGCUUUGUGAUAAUGAAAUCUCUUUAUUAUCGUUUGAAUAAAAAGCGUCGGCUACUCGGUUGCCUUUUUGCA